AUGGAGAAACUUCGAAAUAAACAUUUGAAAAAACUUGAAAAUCUCAUUAUUAGAUGCAGUUCAAGAACCUCUGAGAACCAUGAUUGGGUCUGCAAUCUCACAAACGUUGACAUUCCAAAUAAAGUGAAAACAUUUAUGAGUUAUGGUCCUAAAUUUGCCAUCCCACCUGAGAAGUCUGACAUCCAUUGGCCGAAGAUAAUCAGUGAAGUAGAGUCUAUUACUAACGCAAUAGAAGAAGAUGACAUCAGAGAUGAAUUAAGAAUGGACGCUGUUAACAUUCUUAAAAACUACAAAACAGCACCAAACAGUAAAGAUGAUUACCUCGUCACACAUUUGAAACAAACAUUCAAAGAGACACGAUAUUUCAUGAAGGACAAUAAGGAUGACAUAAUGUUGAUGAACGCAGACAAGGGAGGGAAAACAGUGGUGGUGUCAAAAGAAGAAUACUUGACGCAAAUGAAUAAACUCCUAGAAGACAAAUCCACGUACAAAAAAGUGAAUUACGACCCCACAAAAAGAGUACAAAGAAAGAGCAACAGUUUACUCAAAGGUCUCCGCACUGAUGGCUGCAUCGAUAAAAGAGAAAGAAGAAAUUUAUCUCGAUACAACUCAGUGGCACCCAAGCUCUAUGGUCUUCCAAAGAUUCACAAGUUAUCAACGACCGACAACAGCAAUAGAGAGCUUGCGAAUAACUACCCAUCAGGCGUACGCAACAAAUUAUUCGCACAGCAGCAGCAGUUGGUACAAAACACUCAAAUUAAUGUCCAACCAAAACCAACUCACAUUUACAGAUCAUUCACAAACAUUCCAGUAGUGACAGCAAAAUUACAGAAGAUAAUUCGAACCAAAUUUCCAUCGCUCAACAUAAAAAUUGUUCCUAGAAACAUCAAAACUUCAAAAACAUUCUUCACAAAUCCGAAAGAUAAAAUUUGUCCUGAACAAGAGUCGCACAUCAUUUAUGCAAUAAACUGUUCGUGUGAAAAACUCUACAUUGGCCUCACAACACAAUACAAACACACGAGGAAAGCACAACAUGAAAAUGAGCACAACCAAGUCAUCACAAUGAAAAACAACAACUUGAGAAACAGCCAAGCUUGGAGGGAGACCGCCAAUUCCUGCACUGCUCUUGUGAAACACGUCAUGGAAAAUGAUCAUCAAUUUGACUUCAAUCAAAUGGAAACUCUUGAUAGAGGAAGAAGAUGGAAUGAAUUAAAAAUGCUCGAAAUGGUGCACAUAAAGAAAAACGAAGACAAAUCGAUCAAUUUGAAAAGUGAUGUUGCAAACUUACACUCCAUUUACAACACUUUAAUCUAG